GAGUGUAAAAGACGCGGAAGUUGCACGGACGGAAGCUGUGCUGUCAGCGAAGGGAGGAAAAUUAUUCCAAAAUUUGUGACCGUCAGCGGUCGGUUGUAGCGCCGAGCUUCUUUUGACAAUUUCUGCUUACUUCGACACUCCCACGCCGCUGCGAUGAUCCUCUUAGAAAUUAAUAACCGUAUUAUAGAAGAAACGCUGACGCUCAAGUUCGAAGGAGCAUCAAACGGAAACAAACCAGAAGCUGUUGAUGUGACAUUUGCAGAUUUUGAUGGCGUAUUGUACCACAUCUCUAAUCCUAAUGGGGACAAGACCAAGGUGAUGGUUAGCAUCUCCCUGAAGUUUUACAAGGAGCUCCAGGAACAUGGAGCUGAUGAGCUGCUGAAGAGAAUCUAUGGGGUUUUCUUGGUCUCACCAGAAGCUGGCUACAAUGUGUCACUCCUGUAUGACCUUGAUGCUCUACCAGCCAACAAAGAUGAGGUCGUUCAUCAAGCCGGAAUGCUCAAAAGAAACUGUUUCGCCUCAGUCUUUGAAAAGUACUUCAAGUUCCAGGAGGAAGGAAAAGAAGGGGAAAGUAGGGCCGUUGUCCACUACAGAGAGGAUGAAACCAUGUAUGUGGAGGCCAAGAAAGACAGAGUAACUGUGGUUUUCAGCACGGUGUUCAAGGAUGAUGAUGAUGUCAUCAUUGGCAAAGUCUUUAUGCAGGAGUUUAAAGAGGGUCGGCGAGCCAGCCACACAGCCCCGCAGGUGCUGUUCAGCCACCGUGAGCCUCCACUAGAGCUUAAGGACACAGAUGCUGCCGUCGGUGACAACAUUGGAUACAUCACCUUUGUUCUCUUCCCACGCCACACCAAUGCCAAUGCCAGAGACAAUACCAUAAAUCUCAUCCACACCUUCAGGGACUACCUGCACUACCACAUAAAGUGCUCUAAGGCCUACAUUCAUACACGCAUGAGGGCCAAGACAUCAGAUUUUCUUACGGGCUCGACCUGAUGCUGAGAAGAAGGAAAUGAAGACCAUUUCAGGAAAGACCUUUUCCCGUUAAGGCUGAUCUUGCGUAGAGAAUUCCAAACUCAUGGACUGGCUCUCAUUGUGACUCGACAUCACAGUGGACACGACCACCUCGCAUCUUAAAAAAUACACCUGUCCAGCUCCACAUGUGUGUCCAUUGUUUUUUCAUGGGGGGUGGUGUUCUGGGGGGAUUUCAAAAAGCCCUGGUUUGAAAAAAGUUGAACAAAAUUGACACUUUUGCUUUGCGUAGUUAAAGAGAUAAUUGUAAAUGCCUUAUAUAAAUAUAUGUAUGGAAAAGAACAUUUUUGAUAUGUCUUUUACUGAAUUCUAUACGAAAGCUGAAUUUAGUCCUUAAUUCUCUGUGCUUUUGUCAUCUGUUCAAUGGUCAUUUAAAAAAAAAUAAAAUAAAACCUUUCUUCCACUAAAA